CCGGAAGCCGGAAGCCACGCUUGUCUCGUUUCGGAGGAGACGCGCGGCGCCAGUCCCUGAGGAGCUCUUCCAGAAGUGUGAAUGAACCAAGGAGUGAAAUUAGCACUGGAUCCAUACUCUUUCAUCUGCAACAACAUUGGCUGGCCCUGGAAGCAGCCUUCUAGAUUGUGGACACAUCCUGGAAGCAAUUCACCUCGGCAGAGAGACCGUUUACAGUGGCUAACAGAGCACUAUGUCCCAAGCGACCAAGCGCAAACAUGUGGUGAAAGAAGUGCUGGAAGAAUACGUGGUUCCUUCAGAGAGGCAGCAGAUUGUCCGGGUGCUAGGGACUCCAGGCAACAACCUCCAUGAGGUGGAGACUGCUGAGGGGAAGCGGUUUCUGGUGAGCAUGCCCACCAAGUUCCGUAAGAAUAUCUGGAUCAAGAGAGGAGACUUCUUACUGGUUGAUCCCAUAGAAGAAGGGGAGAAAGUGAAAGCAGAGAUCAGUUUUGUCCUCUACAAGGACCACGUUCGGUACCUUAAGAAGGAAGGAUAUUGGCCUGAUGCUUUCUUAGGAGACGUAAAAGGAACUCGAAGCAGCACUAAAGAAAGUAGAGAGGGGGUACAAAGCCCACCUCAGUCUUCUGGAGAAGAAGAUUCUGAGGAUGACGACACUGACCUGUUCGUGAACACAAACCGCAUAAGUUAUGACUAUAUGGAGAGUGAGGAGAGCAGUGACUCAGAGGAAGAAGAGAAGUAACAGCCAGUCUCAUGGAGCAGACCAAGCCGGCCAGAUCCUGGUGUAGUGGGAAGGAAUGUGGCUCAGGUCUCAGCCACUGAGCGUGGACUAGCUGAGGGGUUCAGAAGCAGCAACUCUGCCUCCCAACCUUCCGAAGGGCCACAGGAGACCAUCUAGUGAAAUGACGGUAUCCUCAGAAGGGGCAUAGCUGAAUUUCUUUGGCUCAUUUUUUAUUUGCUUUUUUUCCCAGAGUUUUAAGAAUAGGUUAGGAAGGGGGAGGCCGGCUGCUCCCAUCUCCACAAUUAAACUGCUGCCCCGAAACUGCCCAAAGAGUUGCUGCUCUUGGGGCCAAUUUGGGGUUGUAGUUUUUUAUUUGGGGUUUGAAGCUGCGAUUAAGUGCUGGAGGCUGCUGUAGGAACUUUCAACAACCUGUUGCAGAUAAGGAGUGGAGCGGAAGCUGUCCUUUGUUCAGUGCAUCAGCUUGCCUCUACUGGAUAUCUUGACUGUACUCGAAUUCUCUCCCCAUUUCUUUUGCCUUUAUUUAAUAAAAGUGUACUC